UAUUCUUUGAUUCUUUCCCUCUGACUUGUGGUUUCCUGAAACCUUUUCGUCACACUCAAAUCAAAUGUUUCGUGUUUCUUAAAGCAUUAAUUUGUAAAAUUGGUGUUAUAUAGGGUUAAGAAUUUGGGGAUUUUUUAAUCUAUUGGGUUCUCAAAGCCAUGGACUUCCGAAGAAGAAGGAUUCAGUUUCUUCUCUUUGCUAUCGGAUUAAUCGCUCUCAGUAUGACAGCUGAAAAAUGUCGGGAACUUGUUGGACAAGAAGCUGCAUCAAAGAGUGGAGAGUUUACAUUCUUGAACUGCUUUGAUAUGAGUUCAGGAACUCUAGCCUGUGCAGUUAAAGAAGGUGUAAAGCUUUAUUUCUACAAUAUAAGAUCUAUUCACGUCGAGAAAGCUAGGAACAUCGCUAUUGAGAAAGCCUUGCAUGAGGCACUGGUAAGUGGCAUGCCUCCAAAUGAAGCAGCCAAAGAGGUGCAGAGAGCAGGUGAAAAAGCGGCUAAAGUGGCCACCAGGCAAGCAAAACGGAUCAUAGGACCAAUAGUAGCAGCCGGGUGGGAUUUCUUUGAAGCGCUUUACUUUGGAGGGACUUUAACUGAAGGGUUCUUGCGUGGUUGUGGAACUAUGGUUGGUGCUUACUCAGGAGGUUAUGUGGGUGAGCAGAGAUUUGGUAGAUUUGGUUAUCUUGUGGGAAGUACUUUGGGGAAUUGGGUUGGCGGACGAGUUGGACUGAUGGUUUAUGAUGUUGUGAAUGGGGUAAACUUCUUCUUUGAGAUUUAUCAAUCUGGAGAAAGUUAUGAGGACCAGUCCACAUAUGAAACAUCUGAGGACCAGUCUACAUAUGAAACUUUUACGGACCAGUCUACAUCUGAAAAUUCUGAGGACCAGUCAACAUCUGAACAUUCCGAGGACCAGUCUACUACAUACGAAAAUACUGAGGACCAGUCUACAUAUGAAACUUCUGAGGACCAGUCUACAUAUGAAAAUGAAACUUCAAGUUAUGAGCUCUAAAGGAAUUGGAAAGCAAGAUUUUGGAAUAUUUCUUUCCGAUACAUUUGACAUAGUUGUAUAGACUAAAAAAGUUUCCACAAGAUCAAUUUGUUAUGGAUGUCCAAAUUAUUUAAGUUUCAUUUGGUUUAUUGUACAAAUUGGUUGUUUUAAAUUAGUUUACAUUUUUUGUCCAAACAAAAAAAAUUAGUUUUUAUUUU